UUGCUCUGCUUUCUAGUGAAACAAGGCGUUCAUUGGAUAAAUAGCUUUCGUUUCCCCACCGAUUUACCCAAAUAAAAGGCAAACGGAGAACGAAUCCGAGGCAUCUCUCACUCUGCAUCAUGGAUUACCUAUGCGCAGCAGUCGUUGGUACAGUAGGUGCUGGUGUUGCCGUGCUCGCUGCCCCUGUACUUCUGGGCGCCGCUGGCUUCACCGCGGCCGGAAUCACCGCUGGGUCAAUGGCUGCAGGCAUGAUGUCAGCAGCUGCCGUAGCGAACGGAGGGGCGGUGGCAGCGGGCACCACAGUGGCCGUGUUGCAGGCAGCAGGUGCGGCUGGUCUGGGGGCAGUGGCUACUGCUGCAACUGCUAGUGGAGGAGCAGCAGCUGCACUGGCUCUGAAAGAGGCUCUAGAAUCAGCUGCAACUUAAUGCUCCCCUCUUGUCAAGCAGAUUUCUUAAUGAGGUUUUAGUUAUUUGCAAUGGGCUUCACAACAGAAUUUUUGGCUGCAUUGUGUAGCCUACUAUUAAUUCUUCAAGUUUCCCCAUUUGCCUUAAAAAUCCUUGAUAACAGAAUGGGGCGAUAACCACCAUCUUAAGAAUUUGACCUUGUGAAACAUAAUUCUGAUUUCUUUAUGCUAACUAAAUCUGAACUAAAUCCCAUUAAAAAAGGAAUGUGCAGAUACA